AUGACACCAGAAAAUUCAGGAUUCUACACUGUGGAUGCUGAUAAGCUCCACACCUCCCGAAAACCCUUCCAUCUACAACGAAGGUUCCCUCAGCAACAGUCCUUGACUACGCUUGAGACUGCUGAGUUAAAGCGAGAGGCCUUUUUGCAAGAGCGACGAGAGAAACUUCAUCAAAAGUUUCAACAAGUCCAAUCCGUAGUACGACAGGUCAAGGCAAGACGUGAGCAUCGGAAGAUAUCGAUUCUAAAAUCUCUUGAAACUGCCGAGCUUAAUCGACGUACGCAAAUGGAGGAAAGGAGAAUGGCUAGUAAGAACCUUGUUGAAAGAGCCAAGGUCAUAGCUAGUCAGAAUAUCCGCCGUCACCAGGCUGAACAAGAACGUCUCAGAGCCCGUCUCGAGAGCCGCCUCAAAGCAUCCGAAGCCAGACGGCUUUGCCUUCAAGACCUGCGAACCUCCAAGAUGGCCAGUCGCCGUAAACAGCCGCUAAAGGAAGAGAGCUUUGGACCGACCUCUAAGACCAAAGGAGUAAGCAAGCAGUCUCCCAAGAUUUCCGUGAAAACCUGCCCUGAAACCGGACACACAAAGAAACAAGUUGGCUGGAGUUCUUUGUUAAAAGCCUACCAAUCUCUUGGUCUUCCAGCCUUGACUUCCCAGGUCGAUUUUAAUGAACUUGGCCGUAUUCUCCAUCAAUCGAGGGUAGUAACUGUAACUUCUAAAAUGCUCUCGAUAGCGCUAUCUUUAGCCGAUAAGGAUAGUAGACGACGGGCACGCAUUCUCCUGACAGCCUAUAUGAUGCUUAUGUGUCCACGUGAGAUUCUGCAAGACAGGAAUGGUAGUGAAGAACAGAUUUUGCUGACUAGUGCAAAAGAUGUACUAGUACAGUUUGAGAUUUGGAUGGCUGCCCAUGGCCCACACGCUGGACAAGUCGAAAGGCGAGUCUUUGCUGAAAGCUGGACAAGAUAUCGUAGCCUGUUUGAAGCAUGGAAGAAGAGAGACCAAAAGAAACUGGUUGAGGAUAUGAUCACAUACUAUCUCGAACUAUCUAAUGUGAAACGUAGCCUAGAAGAGCAUGAUGUAGAAGGGGUUGGUGCCCAACUUGAGAAACAACUUGAACAAGUCAAAGCCAAGAUUGUUCAGGUCGGAGGCCCUGCCUCGUUGGAGCGACUAAACAACUUGGAAUCUAAAAAGGGCACCCAAGAAGAAGUGAAGCAAGAUAAAGAAGAGGAUAAGGCACCCGUCUACAAACCCGAUUUGUCAACUAUCUUUGGCCCCUUUUCCAAUAUUCCUAAUGAACGUCUUGCUCACGAGCUGAUUGUGAGCCCUGAUUUCAAGUUGCAACACAAAGAAAUUACGCCUCUCGAGCAGCACGUCAAGACAAUAGCCACAAAAGCCUUUUUUGAUAAACUAGAGAAUGAACUAGAUAAUGGAGACACCAGUUCUUUACCGGGCCUAUUGGCUGACGUUCGUGAGCGCCUAUUGGGUUUGUCACCUCUUGAUGGUGAUUUGCGGGAAACAAUAUUAGAAAUCAUGGAUAUAGAGCUAAUUCAACAACAGGCUGCUAAUAAUACUUUGGAUGUGAGCAAGUAUAUCCAAACUAUAAUUGAUGCAAUUGCUCAGCUAUGUGCUCCCGUGAGAGAUGAAGCUAUUGCCGCCAUUCGGGAAGGUAGUCAGCCGAUAGUCCAAAUACAACAGCUGUUGGAACUCCUGGACUUUAUGGCACUUGACUUGGCUAACUUCAAACUGGCUGCUAUCCGUCCUCACCUUGUCGAGAUUGGAGUCGAGUAUGAGCAGGACUUCUUUGCUAAGACCAUAUCUAACAACCCGGAAAUGCCUAUCACCAACAUUUGGCUAUGUAAAGCAUUCCACCGUCUCCACGAUAUCUCUAGUCAGCGUAAUCCAGAAAAUGUCCAGCCACACCUCAACAGACCAUCUCACAAGGCUGUUAUAGAAGAUGCUUUUGUAGCACUAGUUACUGCUUCCGACACAAUUAAUUCCGAGACUGUUCCCGAGACGCUAUUGUGGGACGCGGACCGUCUUACUGGUUAUCAGAAUGAUAUUCAGGCUCUUGUUAUUGUCGCAUGCUUGCUUAUGCUUGCCAAGAACUUUGGUUCUCCUGCCGACCCCCCUCAGCUUGCCACUACCCUAUUCGAGCUCCUCAAAGACCACACUACAACCAUCGAUAAUCUUUCCCUUGAAAUCCAAAGAGGUCUUGAUGAGAAGCGAAAGCCACUUGUACGCUCCAUGGUAGACAAGACACUUUCUCACACUGAUACAAUUUAUUUGCUGCUUACUCGUCGUGUUGCUACUAUCAUAAGAAGCUAUCUUAAUUCCCCACAAACCCUUACUCCUGCUGCUGCUGCAAGUCAGGGACUUGAGCAUGUCUUCCAACCUCUCACUGAAGUAUGUGCUAACCUGUAUAGACUCGCAACUCACCAUCGCAAAGUAUAUGGGUCCUGGUAUGAUACUAUAAUUUCUGAAGAAGAGGCUACAAUUUCCUCUACUAGAGUAGAUUAA